AUGUUUAUGAUUUGGAGUCUUUUAGUUACGGCCGCUUUGGCAAAUGCGAAUGAUUUGGUCGGAACAUGGACCACCAAAUCUCGUGACGUUCUUACUGGUCCAGGAUUCUACGAUCCGCUCAACGACAAGCUGCUCGAGCCAAAUCUAACGGGCAUUUCAUACUCAUUUGAUGAUAAUGGAAAUUAUGAGUCGGCAUACUAUCGCGCAAUCUCAAAUCCGGCCGACCCAUCAUGCCCGGGAGGGAUCUUGCAGUGGCAACAUGGCGCUUAUACUGUGUUCGGGAAUGGAACGCUGAAAUUGACUCCAAUUGCUGUCGACGGUCGUCAGCUAUUGUCCGACCCCUGCCGGAAGCAGUCAGGGUACUAUACGCGAUACAAUACUACUGAGAAGUUUAAGGAUUUUUCCGUUUACGUCGACGGAUUUAAUCGCAUUAAACGCCUAGAUUUGACGAGGGAUGACGGCACCCUCGUCCAUCCCAUGUUCCUAGCCUACCAGCCACCAAAGAUGCUCCCUACCACGACAUUGAAUCCCACGCCAAAAGGGCACCAGCAAAAGCGAGAACUAUCAUCAAAUUCUAGAUUACGGCUGAUCGCUAGAGAACAGCUGAUCAAUCCGGACCGAUGGUGGUGGCUGGGUGUUCUAAUGACAUCUCUUGGAGGGGUAGCUUUCUUCUGCUCAUGA